AUGACAAGCUCCUACUACCUCGCAAAACCCCUCUCCACAGGCCAGCGCAGCCCUUCUCCACCAACAGCCAUCCGCACCAUGGUCACAACCGUCGGCCUGGACGAGAUCCCCACCCUCACGCUCCUCUACAAACUCAAGAAGAUCGCACCCAGGGACACCGACGCCACACCCGCCUACCCGGCCUCCUCCUCGCUGAACGACAAAAUCAGCGUCAUCCGCCAAGACAUUACCACCCUUGCCAUCGACGCCAUCGUCAACGCAGCAAACACCUCCCUCCUAGGCGGCGGCGGCGUAGAUGGCGCCAUCCACCGCGCCGCCGGCCCCAAGCUCCUCGAAGAAUGCGAGACCCUGAACGGCUGUGAGACGGGCAGUGCAAAAAUUACAGACGGCUAUGAACUGCCGAGCAAAAAAGUCAUUCACGCUGUCGGUCCCAUCUAUUGGAAGGAAGGCUCGCGUGCGGCCAAGUUGCUGGCGGGCUGCUACAGAACGAGUCUGGAGUUGGCGGCUGCGAAUGGCUGCAGGAGUAUUGCCUUUUCGGCGCUGAGUACGGGCGUAUACGGGUAUCCUAGCGGCGAGGCGAGUGAGGUUGCGUUGGAGACUGUGCGCGAGUUUCUAGAGGAUGAGGAGCAGGCGGACAAGUUCGAUCGAGUCAUAUUUUGCAACUUUAUGCAAAAGGACGAGGAUGCUUAUUUUAGAAAGAUUCCCCACUUUUUCCCUCCCGCAACCGCAGAACCAGAAACAGCAGAAGAGGCAAACACAAACAAACAGAAGCAACAAGAACAGGAUACCACCGAAACCUCUGCCCUCCUAUCCCAACUCCCCGACGCCCCGACCGUCGAUCCCCAAGACGCAGACUCCGACGCGCAACAGCCAUCGUUGAAACGGCAAAAGACAGACGAGGUCGAUGACGACUUUGUCGUUGUGGAAAAGGACGACGUGGCUGAGGGGACUCCGCCCCCUAAAACUGAAAUCUGA